AUGGACUCUGUCACAUCCCAAUAUAUAGCCAUAAAGACUCUAAAGAAGAGGAAGCUCCUAGAAGAAGAUGAGCGCGAGUUCAUAAUGGUGGAACAUCAGAUAUUGCAGAUAGCAAAUGAAUGCAAGUUCCUGACGGGAUUAUAUGCUGCAUUCCAUAAUAAGGAUUAUGUCUUCUAUGCUAUGGAAUAUUUACCUGGAGGAAGCUUAGGAGAACUGCUGUCAGCAAGAGGACCACUAAAUAUUGAAACUGUAAGGUUCAUAGCUGCAGAGUUGAUAUGCGGAAUCUCCUUUCUGCACUCCAAAGGCAUUGUCCAUCGUGACCUGAAGCCAGAAAAUAUCCUACUGGACUCUGUCGGUCAUAUUAAAAUAGCAGACUUUGGUCUCGCUCUAGAGAAUAUGUUUGAAGGACAGACAGCCACAGAAUACGCCGGAACUCCAGGGUACAUUGCACCAGAGAUGACAGGAAAAAAGAAAUACAAUGCGUCUGUCGACUGGUGGUCAUAUGGGAUUAUACUGUAUGAGAUGGUAACUGGAAAGAUGCCAUUCCAAUCCAUUCCAAAAGGUGAAAUCAAAUGUUUAAGGACUUUAAAAGGUGAUAUUAAGGAUCUCAUCACAAAGCUCCUGCGGAAAGAUCCUGCUGGUCGGCUUACAGAUGCAAGCAGCAUGAAAGCCCACCCUUUCUUUAAUCCAAUAGUUUGGGAGGACCUUGAAGCAGGUAGAAUGGAGCCCCCCUUCAGUAUGCCCAGAGUGAUGAUAACUGAAGAAGUGCUGCCACAUGAGCAGGUAUUAUGUUCAGAAGAAGAGAAGUCUCCAAUUGCUAAAAAGGACCAAUCACUCUUCAAAGGGUUCACAUAUGUGAGUCCCUACUGGAGAGCAAGCUCAGCUCCAACUACUGAGCAAAAGAUAGAAAAGAAGGAGGAAGAGAGAGAAAAAGAGAAGGAGAAAGAAAAAGAGAAA